AUGUCAACUCAACCAACACCCAACCAAGUCCACGCAGCCGAAGUACACAAGACAAGAGGGAAUGCAUAUUUCAGUGCCAGGGACUAUGACGCUGCAAUAAAAGAGUAUACAGCUGCAAUUAAGGAGAAGUUGGAAGCGAUGAGGAAAAGUGAAAGCAACAAGGUUGGCGGAAUGAGAGUUAAGCACAUAAUGAUUCGUCCGUUAAGUAAAUUUCUCUUAGCCGCCGCAUGGAUCCCCCACCAACACGCACACGUCCUCUUUCUCUCUCUUCCAUCAGUAUCCUUAUGUUUCACUUACGUUUAUGCCACCUCGCGAGGUCUUCAAUUGUGCAACCUCUCCUUCCAGAUAAAUCAAAAUCCGGCCGUUUCCGUCUAUUUUACAAAUCGAGCACUAUGCUAUUUAAAACUAAAAAAAUACGAUCAUGUAAUAGCAGAUUGCGAGAAAGCAAAUAAGUUUGAUCCAAAGUCUGUGAAAGGACAUUAUCUGCUGGGACAAGCGUUCACAGAGAAGUUACGUACAGAUGAAGCGGUUAAUGAACUAGAACAAGCAUAUGAGCUAGCAGUAAAAGCAAAUGUAACUUACCUGGGAGAUAUAAUUCAAGCACUACUCAACGCCCGCAAGAAGAAAUGGGAACAGUCAGAGCGAGAGCGAGACAAGAGAGAGUCAGAUUUGUUAAAGUAUCUCAAAGGAUUAAUUAAUACAGAACGGGAGAGACAACUCCAAAAAGUAUUGGCCGGAAAGAACCCUGUUGCAGCUACAUUUUCAAAGUUUGUCAGUAACUCUACUGAUGUUGACCGGCUUGAUGCGAUCAAUAAAGCGCAUGAUGAGAAGUUGUCGGCUCUUGAGCAGGUUUUUGCCCAGGCAGAUGAAAAUAUGGGGCCUCGCGAAGUUCCUGAAUACUUUUUAGACAAAAUAUCGUUCAACGUAAUACAUGAUCCCGUAAUCACACCCUCGGGUAUAACCUACGAGCGAGCACACUUAAAUGAACACUUUAGGAAGAUAGGCCACUUCGAUCCCUUAUCACGCAAAGAGUGUUCAGACAAAGAUUUGUAUCCUAACUUGGCGCUGAAGGAGGCUAUUGAAGAUUUCUUGAAAAAGAAUGGAUGGGCUGUGGAUUACUAG